AUCGUCUUGCGCAUUGAAGGAUGGGAAUAUCUAUUCAUUUUUAUUGUUGGUUUGGUGUUUUUGUUGAUAGUGCAAAAAAGCAAAUUGAACAUUUGAACUAACUAUCCCUUUCUCUCCUAUCUUAGCCAUAAAAAAAAGCUCCUUUUUUGCUCAAAAGCUUAUAAUAAACAAAGGAAGUGAGAGAGAGAGAGAGAGAGAGAGAGAGAGAGGAGGUGAUGGAGAGGAGAGUGAUACUGGUCUGCGCUGCUGUGGGCUUUCUCGGGCUUCUCUCUGCUGUACUGGGUUUUGCUGCAGAGGCCACAAGGAUCAAGGCAUCUGAAGUUCAGACACCAAGACCGGGUGAGUGCGCAUAUCCAAAAACUCCAGCUUUGGGCCUUGGACUAGGGGCAACGGUAGCUCUUAUGAUUGCUCAGGCAAUCAUCAACACGGUAGCUGGGUGCAUUUGUUGCAAGAGGAAUUCACAACCCUCAGACACCAACUGGUCUGUUGCUUUGAUUUCCUUCAUUGCAUCAUGGAUCACAUUCAUUAUAGCAUUCCUGUUGCUACUAAUGGGCGCUGCACUGAAUGAUCAACGAGGAAACCAAAAUAUGUACUUUGGCGACUACUGCUAUGUCGUCAAGCCUGGAGUUUUUGCAGGAGGUGCAGUUCUCUCUCUUGCCAGCAUCUCUCUCGGUAUAGUUUACUAUGUCGUCCUCUCUUUAUCAAAGAGCACCAGUGCUCAGACUUGGGGACCUUCAACUCAGAACCAGGGAAUUGCAUUAGGACAACCUCAGAUCCCGCCUCAAAGUACCCAACCGGUUUUUGUGCAUGAAGACACUUACAAUAGACAGCAAGUUCCCUGACCAGAAGUCGCUGCUGUUAUUUGUAUAUAGGACAGUCCCUGAAUCCUUAAGAAGACUACCGAUCAAUGAGCUAUUUUUGCUGUAUUGAAUCUUUAAUCAAUUUGAGCUUAACAUGUUUGUCUUCAGUUGGAUACAAAUGCAGUAGGCAUCAAUUGUGGUACAAAAACAAUAGUCACUAACAGGUGUUUGUGCACAAAGACACUUACGAGUACUGGUCGAUGAGUUAUUCUUGCUGUGUUGAAUUUUUAAUCAA